CUUCAAAGAAAUGAAUGGAUUGUUUGCAACAUGAGAUUGAGCGAUUGCGUUGCGCGCUCUCGUGCGAACACCCCUCCUCUUUGUGAAUGCACAAUAUACGGGUGACCGAUAAAACAAAAAAGCGAAAGCUAAAGCGACAAAAAAGCAAAAGCCUCAAGGGGAAUAACCGAAGAAGGCACCGUGAAGAAAAGGAAAAGGCGGGAAGCCAGGCGCCGGUCUGUCUCCCUAGGUCGCCUUCUUCUAGCAGAGCAUGGCGCAGCAGCAGCCGCCCCCUGACGCGCCGCCACUUGGUUUCUUCGAGCGGAUAUCCACCUGUGACGUGUCUUUAAGGAAGCGGCAGCUGCGCGACAGCGCCGCCAUGGCCUCCUCCGACCCUGCGCUGCCGCCUCCGCUUCUUUUGCUGCCACCACCGGCGCCGGAGCAGGCGCUCGCUCCACCGCCGGCCAGAGCCAACCCGAGGCCCACGGUGUUGGACGGCGUCCUGAGUCUGUUCAGGUCCGGGGAGUCGCUCAUUCGCGGAGCCUUCCGGUGCAACUCCCGACGCGGGUCUCCUUCAGGGCCGCCGCCGUCUCAGCAGCAACAGCAGCAGCAGCCGCCGCCGCACCACCGCAACCAUCCUGUAUACUAUAACUUUUAUAACGCCGUACACCAACAGGAGUACAGGACCAAGCAUCUUGUAGUCUCACACUCUCACUGGCGUUGGCGUUGGCUUUGGCUGCAGGGUGAAAUCAUGAAGCGGCUGCAGCGCGAGACGUUCCCUGAUGUGAUGAGGCUCAUGGACAAGCACGAGCAGAUCGACCGCAUCCUUUCCAUGUACAGGAGCGGCAAGGGGUUCCACUUCCCGGAGCUCCCCGUCAGGGUGAAGGUCGCGCUUGACGCGGUCGGGGCGCUGCUCCUCGUCGACGACGAGGAGUUCGACCACGCCAGAGAGAUCCUCGGCGAGGCGGGGAACAGGACGGGCCUCAACUCGAGGUUCGUCCUCGAGUCCAAGACCAGGGGCAACGACACCAUUGCAGCAGAGUUGUGCACCAGGCUCGGGAUAGGGGCGACCCUCGGGGAAGAAGACACCGAGAGGAGGCCUCUGGAGCUGACCAGGUUGCAGUACUGCGCCCACGUCAACCACUGGCUGUCCAUGAUACUGGUUCCGUUCGGAGCUCAAUGCAACGGCUUCCUGCACGGCACGAGCUUGAUCCAGAAUCUCCGGAGCCAGGCCUCUCUCGACGGCCCGCCUUCGUUCUCGGAACAACACAACUGCGCCGCUGGUUUGAGCAUGAGGGGAUCCAACUUCACCGUGUCGCUCGCCGAGCUUGUCUUCGGUUCAGGAGCACAGGGCGGUGAUCAUGGGGUGGCUAACCGCAUGACAACGUUUGGGCAGGUGCGCUACGAACCGGCCCAAGAUGUCAAGCUCAGCUUGUCGGGGCUGUGGCAGAUCCGCCCGUUGUUGUCCCGGUUCAACAACCUCGGGACGCUUGCCAUUCCCUUUGGCAGCCUAAAACCACAAAGGAGCACUCCUCCUUCGCUUCUUGCUCCCACGGCGAGGAACGACCCUGCGGCACUUUCAACCGCUGCUGCAAUGGUGGAGUGUGAGCUGUUUGAAGCCAUGAGAGCACAAGGCUGGGUUGAGAUGGAAGGGUGGUCCGGCCGUGGGGCGGUGCGGUGGGGCUGCUGCCUAUCCGACACCCCUGAGCAUGAGCUGGGAUGGGGGGUGAGGAUGGGCGGCACGGCAGAGGGGGAUAUGCACCGCCCGCACCUGGAAGGUUUCCUCAGCUUCAACCUUGGCAGGGGCGGCAAGCUGCAGCCCAGCCUGGUGUAUGUCAUGGAGGGGGAGAAGCGGACUCCAGCCUUGGUGCUGCGGUCGUCGUGGUUCAUGUGAUUAUCACCUGCAGCUUCUGCACCAUGGCUUCUUCCCUGCAACCGCACCGCAGCUACAUUUGUUUGAUCGCUUGUUUGACUGCUGAGCAGCCAAUGGACAUGCUAUGCUGACUAGAAAUCUUGCUACUUCCUGCUACAGAAAUGCUUCAGCCAUGAAA